CAUCAAGCAAUUUGCUCAUUAGAGAACAAAGAAAGAAAAAAACAAUGGCAACUCAAGCCGCCGGGAUCUUCAACUCCGCCAUAACAACCGCCGCAACCUCCGGCGUCAAGAAACUCCACUUUUUCUCAACAACCCACCGUCCGAAAUCCCUCUCCUUCACCAAAACCUCAAUCCGCGCCGAGAAAACAGAUUCCAAAGCCGCUGCAGCCCCCGCCGUGAAAGAAGCUCCCGUGGGAUUCACGCCACCGCAGCUAGACCCAAACACACCGUCUCCGAUCUUCGCGGGAAGCACCGGUGGUCUUCUACGUAAAGCACAAGUGGAAGAGUUCUACGUUAUUACAUGGAACUCACCGAAAGAACAGAUCUUUGAGAUGCCGACAGGAGGGGCAGCGAUCAUGAGAGAAGGUCCGAAUCUGCUGAAGCUAGCGAGGAAAGAACAGUGUUUAGCUUUGGGGACAAGGCUUAGAUCCAAGUACAAGAUUACUUACCAGUUUUACAGAGUGUUUCCUAAUGGUGAGGUUCAAUAUCUUCAUCCUAAAGAUGGUGUUUAUCCAGAGAAGGCGAAUCCAGGAAGAGAAGGUGUUGGUCUGAACAUGAGAUCUAUUGGGAAAAAUGUUAGUCCCAUUGAAGUUAAGUUUACUGGCAAACAAAGUUAUGAUUUGUAAGAUGUCAAAAUUAAGAAACCAAAACUAUGUGCAUGUGGUGAUGACUAUGUUUCAUGUUAAUUUUUAAUUAAUGGAUUUUGUUUCA